CUUGUAUUGGUUUGGAACACAUAUCUGCCAGGCAGCCUGAUGCUUCAUUUAUACCCAGUCGCUUGUCUAAACCAUCACCUAAUCCAAGUGAUGCUCAGGGUAAUCCCUGGCCAACUAUUGUAUUUGAAGUUGCCCGAUCUCAAAGUCUUGCAAACGUAGUUCAGAAAGUCAAUUCAUAUUCUGCCCCUGCAUCACUUAACAGUUCAGUAACAUGUUGCAAAUUCACUAAUUCACUUCAUUUCUAUUCAUUCAAUAUAUCAUCUUGUAUCCUUGAUAGUGUUAUAAAUUUUGUUGUCGAGCAAGCAUCCAAGCAGGUCAUGCACUGGGAAGAUACCGGCCAAUUCAAAUGCCUACUAAAUAAUAAUUAUCCAUCUUUACCCAACAAAAUUGGGGGUUUUUUCCAGCUCGAAUUUGGGACUAUCAGUGGACAUGGAGCGCUAUACAAUGGUUGUUCUGCCCAUGGAAUGCGUACCUUGAUGAUUGCACGAGAAUGUGCUUAUGAAGGUUGUACUCCACCAUACCCGCCAUACCCGAUUGCAGGAAAUGUAGUCAUCGAUUUGUUUGAUAUCCAGGAGGCAAUUUUUUCAAUGCACUAG